GGCGGGCCGGGGCCAUGGCGGCGGCGGGCUCGCUGGUGGCGGCCGUGCUCGCUCACUCGGGCCGCCUGGACAAGGAGGGGCUGGGCGCCCGCAUCGCUCGGCUCUCGCAGCGCGUGGAGGAGCUGAAGGGAGAGGUCUGCAACAUGAUCAACAAGAAGUACAGCGAGUUCCUGCCCAGCAUGCAGAGCGCCGAGGACCUGGUGGCGCAGGUGGACGGGCUCUCCAGCAACAUCGACCUGCUGAAAGCGGGCAUCGAAAAUGAGGUUCAGCGGGACCUAAACGUCGCUGUUGCCGAGUUUACGGAGCUGAAGCAGCAGCUGGAGCGAGACACGCUGGUUCUGAGUAUUCUGAGAAAGCUACAGGAGUUUGAUGCGUCUAUCAAAGAGUACAAUACUGCAUUGCUGGAAAAGAAGUAUGUAGCAGCAGCUCAGCAACUGGAAGAGGCACGAAGCAGCCUGAGAGCGCUGGAAUCCCGCAGGGGCUUUGAGCUGAAGAUCCUGAAAGCACUGAGCACGGAGCUCACGGUGCAGACACAGAACAUGCUCUACCACCUCGGAGAAGAAUGGCAGAAACUGGUUGUGUGGAAGCUUCCUCCAUCAAAAGAGAGCAGUGGGCUGGAGGCAGCGGUGCUUUCGGAGCUGCAGCUGCACACGGUGCCAGCCCAGGAGGAGGAGGUGGCUGGCCUGCCCAUCGCCUCGGUGCUGCAGGCGUUUGCUGUCCUGGGGGAGCUGCACACCAAGCUCAAGAGUUUUGGCCAAUUGCUGCUGAAAUCCAUCCUGAAGCCACUGAUUCUGUACCCACCCCUCCAGCCAGUCACGGAGAAACAGCCCGAUGUAUUCAUCCUGCGUUUUAAGGCCGAGGAGCCGAGCUCAGACCAUUCUUCUCCCGUGGAGGUUUUUGACAAGAUCAAGCUUGUUUUUGAAGUUCUCCACAAGUAUCUGCUGAAUGUGCCUCUCGAGCAGCCCGUGGAAGAUAAGGAAGAUGGCAGGGUUAUGCUUGCAGAACUGCUUGGUGAUAUGAUAUGGGAAGAGUUAUCUGACUGCCUCAUUCACAACUGCCUGGUGAAUUCCAUCCCAACCAAUAGCAGCAAACUAGAGCAGUAUAUAGAGGUGAUUAAAUCCACAGAGGAAUUUGAAAAAGCCUUGAAGAAGAUGCAGUUUUUGAAAGGAGACACGACCGAUUUACUGAAAUACGCCCGGAACGUCAACUCUCACUUUGCUAACAAGAAGUGCCAGGAUGUGAUCGUGGCAGCCAGAAACCUGAUGACCUCAGAAAUACACAACACUGUAAAGAUCACGCCUGAUUCCCGUGUAGCCCUACCACAGCUUCCCGACCCUGGGACAAGACAUCAGCCGAGAGCGCAAGAAGCUCCUCCCCGUCUGCCUAACGACGGGGUGAAGCUGGGCACCGAGGCCCAGCUGAGCCAGCACACCUUCUCCCUGCCCACGUGCCGCAUCAGUUCCUCAGUGGAGAAGCUGAUGGAGUUGGCUUACCAGACCCUGCUGGAGGCCACCGCCAGCACCGAUCAGUGCUGCAUACAGCUCUUCUACUCCGUACGGAACAUAUUCCAGCUGUUCUAUGACGUGGUGCCAACAUAUCACAAGGAGAACCUUCAGAAACUACCGCAGCUGGCAGCCAUUCACCACAACAACUGCAUGUAUAUCGCUCACCACUUGCUCACGCUGGGCCACCAGUUCCGGUACCACCUGACCAACAUCCUGUGCGACGGGGCAGCCACCUUUGUAGAUCUGGUACCUGGCUUUAGGAGACUUGGGAUGGAGUGUUUUCUGGCCCAGAUGCGAGUGCAGAAAGGAGAAAUCCUGGAGAGAUUGUCGAGCGCCAGGAAUUUUUCUAACAUGGAUGAUGAGGAAAACUACAGUGCAGCCAACAAAGCAAUAAGGCAGGUGUUGCAUCAGCUGAAAAGGCUGGGGAAAGUGUGGCAAGAUGUCCUCCCGGUGAACGUGUACUGCAAGGCCAUGGGCACUCUGCUGAACACGGCGCUGGCGGAGAUGGUCGCGAGGAUCGCUGCCCUAGAGGAUAUCUCUGCAGAAGAUGCAGAUAGGCUGUACUCCCUCUGCAGGACCAUGGUGGAGGAGGGACCCCAGGUUUUCACCCCACUACCUGAAGAUGACAAAAAUAAGAAAUACCAAGAGGAAGUUCCAGUCUACGUGCAGAAGUGGAUGACGUUCAAAGAGCUGAUGAUCAUCUUGCAAGCCAACCUCCAAGAAAUAGUAGAUCAGUGGGCAGAUGGGAAGGGGCCUCUUGCAGCUGAAUUCUCAGCAGCUGAAGUGAAGAGCCUGAUCAGAGCCCUGUUCCAGAACACAGAAAGGAGAGCAGCAGCACUGGCCAAAAUCAAGUAACUCUGUGUUUACUGCCACGUGUUGCAUCUUCGGCUAAAGCGAGAGCAAACCGAGUCCUUCAAGUAUUUCUUGGAUUUGACCCUUUUCCUUUGUAGUGGUGUAAAAAAAGCUUAGCAUUAGGUAAGUGCUUCCUGGAGGCCUGGCUGAGGGGGAAGACAUAUUUCCUAGCUCGAUGCUUGGCUCUGGGAGUGUCUGGGACCAGAAAAGCGAGAGGUGGGUAACACGUGGGCACUAACUUCCAGGCUGGUGGAGUUUGGCCUUGAGAAUUCCACCUCCUGCCGUGCUCCCCUGAGGUGUUCUGCCCAGAUGCAAGUUUUCACUCAUGAGCUGGUGGGUGUACAGGCUUGGGGAAGAAGACUUGCUUUUUGUGAUGUUGGCCAAUUCACAUUCUCUGGGAUUUCAUCUUCCUAAGCUCCGCAUAGGGCGAUAAAUCAACUGUUGUGCCCAACGUCCGUGAGAACGGCCUCUGCUGUCAGAUGGGCCUCUCGUGCAAGGUGCUGUAUAAUGCCAUCUCAAGCUUGCUUAAGGGUCUGGGAGAGGGAUUGUUAUUUCUCAAUAGUGAAUCUUAUCUAUGCAGUUUUACAUCACUGGGCACGUAGCCCCUUUCUGUCUUACCUCUUCUGUCGCUGUCAAUUACAUGUGAGACCCACAGACUUCAAUAGCUCUUUGUGUCCUUCCAGAGUGCUGAAGUGCCAAACGUUGCUCCUUCCCACCUCAGGUUUCCCUGAAGAGCAGACCUCAAGGGAGGGAAAAUUUAGCGGGGAGGAGAUCCCGUUCUGAGUGAGCUGCUUGUUGAGUCGCAGGGUUUUGCACGGGUGGCAAAAUUCCUCGUGGCUUUAUUUGUCAUGGAAACAUCUUAAAACCGACUUGAACAUUUUCCAUUGUACUCGAGCAAUGGCAGCAGCCAGUUCAGCUCCUUCCUUUGCUUUUUUGUUGUGUCUGAACCAGGCAGGUCUGGCAGCUGUUGUCCUUCUGGUAGUAAAGUUUCUGUCCUGCAAAAGUAAUAAAAGAUACGUGAAACAUAAUAUAAUAAGGAAAUGAGGAGUGCACUCAAAGCAGCAUCUUUUAAGUUCCAAAAGGCUAUGUUGGAGGCUUUGAGAAAUGCACUUCUUUUUAAUUAAAAAUCCAACCAAGAGCAUUUGUUCUAAGCUAGCCCAGAGGCUGAGCUGGCCCAGUGCCUGCACAUGGGGGGCAAAGCAGCCCCUGCCAGGUCGUGUUCACAGCUGGCUUCCCACAGUGCUCAUCACAGAGCUUAACCCUUUAAUCUGUCACCUGCUGUUGCAUCCUUUUCAUCUGCCCUUUUGUCUGACUUCUGCUCCUGUUUCCAAGCCUUUGUGCAGAAAUCAGAGCUGGCUCUCACCUGGCACUGAAGCUGUUGCCAGAGGACCCCUGUGCCUGCAGGGCCACUGGCACAGCCACGGCGGGGGCGACGAGUCAGUGCUGGGGGACUGGCGUGGGGGCACAAAUGCAGUCAGCAGGGCAGAGAGACCAAGUCCAGCAUGGAAGGGAAAUACUGAAGCAAAAGCUGGCUGCCACCUGAAACUCGAGCUUUUCUUCCCUUCCAAGGAACUUACCUAAAGGCUGAGAGUGUUCCCAUAACCCUGGCAUCUCGGGGGAUCCCCUGCCCCUUUACACACAGCAAGCCAAAAAGCCACCACUCCUCCCAUGGGGUUGUUCACAGAAAUGUAAUUUGCUAUUUUAAUAAACUCUUUCUACUGAGCA